CACCCAAGCUAGCCUGAGACAUAGCAGUCAGAGCGAAGAUGACGCACAUUACACUCACCGGUGCCAAGGGUCGCCAAAUCGAAGUCCCAACCACCCUCUUCAUCAACAACGAAUUCACCCCCUCCGUCAACAACGCCACUCUGGUCGUGGAAAAUCCCACCACCGGCGAGCCACUGGCAAAUGUGUCCGCUGCCAGCACCGAGGACGUCAACCGUGCGGUCGUCGCCGCCACGGAGGCAUUCCCCGCAUGGAAAACCACGCCGGGGCCCGAGCGCGCGGCCGUGCUACACAGACUGGCCGAUCUGAUUGAGCGCGACAUGGAGGAUUUCGCGUCGAUCGAGGCCUUGGAAGGCGGGAUCCUGUACACCGACAGUAAGAACCUCAACAUACCGCAGACCGUCUCGACCCUCCGGUACUACGCAGGGUGGGCGGACAAGAUCGACGGCAAGACGCUGCAUAUCCCUGGGGGAGUGGCCUAUACCUUCCGAGAGCCACUGGGAGUUUGCGCAGCCAUUGUGCCCUGGAACGCGCCGCUAAUGAUAACAGCCUGGAAAAUCGCUCCGGCCCUAACAACAGGCAACACACUCCUCCUGAAGCCCUCUGAGCUGACCCCCUUGUACUCCCUCAAGCUUGCACAACUCAUCCGCGAAGCCGGCUUUCCCGCCGGAGUGAUCAACAUCCUGCCGGGCGACGGCCCCUCCGCCGGCGCCGCGCUGUCCUCCCACCCUUCGAUCCGCAAACUCUCCUUCACCGGCUCCACAGUCGCCGGCCGCGCCAUCCUCCACGCCUCCGCCUCCAGCAACCUCAAGCAAGUCUCGCUCGAGCUAGGCGGCAAGGGCCCGAGCCUGGUCUUCGCCGACUGCGAUCUGGCCAACGCCCUGCUGUGGACCCGCAUCGGCAUCACCGCCAACAACGGCCAGGUCUGCGCGGCCGGGUCGCGUAUCUACGUGCAGCGACCGAUCUACGAGCGGUUCCUGGAGGCCUAUGCGCGGGCCGCCGCCGAGAACGUGCCGAUCACUGGAGAUCCGCUGGAGGAGAGCACGACCAAGGGCCCCGUCGCAAGCAAGGCGCAGUUCGAGAAGAUCCUCGAGUAUAUCGCUUCCGGGAAGCAGUCGGGCCGGAGGCUGUUGUUUGGCGGGCAGAGGGUCGGAGAGAAGGGGUACUUCGUGCAGAAUACGGCAUUUGCGGACGUGGGGCAGGAGGAUCGAAUUAUGCAGGAGGAGAUCUUUGGGCCAGUGGCGGGCAUCGCCCCCUUCGACACGGAGGAAGACGCCAUCCGCCUGGCCAACGACUCGCUGCACGGGCUGAGCGCGGCCGUCUUCACCAACGACAUCAACUGCGCCCACCGCGUCACGGCCGCUCUGGAGACGGGCCAGGUGACGGUCAAUGCGUGGGCGCUGCUGAGCGCCAACGCGCCGUUUGGCGGCGUCAAGGAGAGUGGGUUCGGGCGGGACAUGGGAGAGGAGGCGCUGGAGUGCUGGACGACCGUCAAGACGGUCAAGUAUAGCAUUGUGCCGCGGUUGUAG